UAUCGGUUUUUGCUCCAGCUCUAACAGUCAGUCAUUUUUUUUAAGUUGAAGAAAAGCCGGAAAAUUAAAGAAAAUGAUCUGGAAGGCCGUUCUAGUUGCCCUCCUGGCGAUCGCUCACUGCCAGGCAGUCCUCGAAACGGACGCAAACACCUUGGUCCUGCUGGACAACCUGGCCAUUCGUGAAACUCACUCGAUCUUCUUCAAAUCGCUGCAGGAUCGAGGCUUUAAGCUGACGUACAAGCUAGCGGAUGACUCCAGCCUGCUUCUGUCCAAAUAUGGUGAAUAUCUGUACAAGAACGUCAUCAUUUUCGCACCAAGUGUGGAAGAGUUCGGAGGCGAUGUCAGUGUGGAGCGUUUGGCCCAGUUCGUUGACGAUGGCGGCAACGUUUUGGUUGCGGGCAGCGAGAAAUCUGGCGAUGCACUGCGCGAGUUCGCCUCCGAGUGCGGUUUCGAGCUGGACGAGGAGAAUGCUGCGGUCAUCGAUCAUCUUCACUACGAUGUCAGUGAUGCGGGCGAGCACACUACCAUCCUGACUUCUGCAAAGAACCUUAUUCAGGCAGACACGAUUGUGGGCAAGGCCAAUCGGCAGGCGGAUGCAGCUCCUCUGCUUUAUCGAGGCACUGGACUCAUUGCCGACAAGGAGAACCCGCUGGUGCUGAAACUUUUGACCGCCGAGAGCACUGCCUAUAGCUACAAUCCCGAGGCCAGUGUCUCAGACUAUCCACAUGCGGUGGGUCGUGGAACACUGCUGAUUGCCGCCCUGCAGGCUAGGAACAAUGCACGAGUGGUCUUCUCCGGUUCGCUGCUCUUCUUCUCCGACGAGAGCUUCACCACCGCGGUACAGUACGCCCAGAGCGGUGUGUUCCACAAGCUGGCCGGCAAUCGCGAUGUCGCCGAGUCCAUCAGCCAGUGGGUAUUUGGCGAGACUGGCCGUCUGCGUGUGGCAUCCGUGCAGCACCACAAGGAGGGCGAGCUCCUGCCGCCGGAUCAGGCCUACACCAUCACCGAUCCAGUCGUCUACACCAUUGGAAUUGAGGAACUGGUGCAGGGCGAGUGGCGCGCCUUCAAGGCCAGCGACAUUCAGCUGGAGUUCGUUCGCAUCGAUCCCUUCGUGCGCACCUAUCUGAAGCAGACAAAGUCGGGCGCCUACGAGGCCAAGUUCAAGAUACCCGACGUCUAUGGCGUCUACCAGUUUAAGGUGGACUACGAUCGCGUUGGCUACACGCACCUGUACAGCACCACUCAGGUGUCGGUGCGUCCGCUGGAGCACACACAAUACGAGCGCUUCAUCCCAAGCGCCUUCCCCUACUACACCAGCGCCUUCUCCAUGAUGAUCGGCGUGUUUGUCUUCUCGUUUGUGUUCCUCCACUUCAAGGACGAGCCCGUGGGCAGGCCAGCCAGGGAGGACAAGAAGUCACAGUAGUCUGCUGAUUCAUUCACCUCAAAUGUAAUACACAAAUAACUAAAAUAAAUCACCCGAACAUUUUAGUAUUCUUAA